UAAGCUGAAUUAUUUCUCUCUUUGCAAAAACGAAGCCUACUCCUUUUUAUCAUUAUUAAUCUUUUCUACACGCCAUUAUCCAAUCCACCGGUUGAUCGAUUAGUGUGUUUCCAAGAUCAUAAUCAAGAACCAGAAAUGGACGACAGCUGCGCAGUGUGUGCUGACAAUUUAGAAUGGGUUGCCUACGGCGUCUGCGGUCACCGGGAGGUGUGCUCCACGUGCGUCAUUCGUAUCCGCUUCAUCUGCAAUGAUCUCCGCUGCUGCAUCUGCAAGACUGAGUCCAAUGUCAUCUUCGUUACUAAGGCUUUAGGGGAUUACACGGAGAAGAUCAAGAACUUCUCUGUAUUUCCAUCUCAAGCAAGAGAAGGACGCGCAGGUUCAUACUGGUACCAUGAAGAUACGAGAUCCUUUUUCGAUGAUGUCGAUCACUACAGAGUGAUCAAGGCAAUGUGUAGACUUUCAUGUAAUGUAUGUGACAAGAUGGAAGAAGAUCAGUCCCGAGAUGGGGUGAAACGACGGGGGAAGUUUAGAAACAUUGAACAUUUGAAAGGUCAUCUGUUUCAUAUGCAUAGACUGGUUAUGUGCAGCCUGUGCUUGGAAGGACGGAAGGUUUUUAUAUCCGAACAAAACCUAUAUUCUAGAGCACAGUUGAAUCAACAUUUAAAAACUGGUGACUCCGAGGUGGACGGAACUGAGAAUGAGAGAGCUGGAUUCAUGGGGCAUCCAAUGUGUGAGUUCUGCAAGACUUCAUUCUAUGGGGAAACUGAGUUAUACUCCCACAUGUCCACAGAGCACUAUACAUGUCAUAUAUGCCAAAGGCAGCAUCCAGGACAAUAUAAUUAUUACAAGAACUACGACAACCUCGAGAUUCAUUUUCGCCGAGAUCAUUACCUAUGUGAGGAUGAGGCUUGCCUUGCCAACAAGUUUGUUGUCUUUCGGUCUGUAGCUGAACUGAAGAGGCAUAAUACCAUUGAACAUGGAGGUCUCAUGUCUCGUGCACAAAUGCCAACGAGCUUUCAAUAUCGGCAGAGUAACGAAGAUUAUCGUUACGGAAGGGGGCGAGUGUUUCGGCCUCAGCCUAAUGGUAAUGACUAUCAACUGUCAAUGAACAAUGAGGCAAGUUUGGAGACAGUCAAUGUUCCCUCGGCAUCUUCUACAACGGAUUCUGAAUCAUCAACAUAUAAUCGAGCAUUGGGGGUAGGCUCCAUGGUUGCACAUUUUCAAGAAUCAUCUUUUCCUCCACUCCCCAUAGUUCCCGGCACCAAUCGACAAAAUUCAGAACAUAGCUCAGAAAACAGCACCAAGGAAGCUCGCCUAUGGUGCCAGAAGAAUGGGAAGAAAAAGAAUUCGAGUUCAGCUCAAGCAUGGGUAGCAACAAGUUGCAGGCCUACGGAAGCAUCAAGUAGUUCAAGUCAGAAUGGUAAAACAACAAAUAUUGCAGCUGCUUCUUCGGUUGUUACCGGUAAUGCAGUUGCACAAAUGAGCUAUGUAAGUUCGAGUCAUGCUCAGACUCGGACUCACUCCUCAACAACGGGUAUAUUAAUAACAUCUAGUUCUCAAACGAGCUUAGGCAAAGCAAGUAGGAUUCACCACUCUUCGGCAACUCCAAAUCUUGCUAAUGGUGGAUACUCGGAGUCAGAAUCAUCUGUUUCUGCAGCACAAAGGCACAAGCAGUCCUCAAGCAGUCGGGUUCUGAGGAUCGUAGAAGAAGUUCGUACAAUCAACAAGUCUUUGGCUGAAAAGGUGCUGAGUUGCUCUUGAAUGUCAAAAUAUAUAUAUACAUUACCUUUAAAGAAAUAUAUGGACAAUAUGAUCAGCGCUGAAUAGGAACAAGUUGUUCU